CAGGUGGUACCAGAAUACAUGGUUCAGAAUUCAUACAUUCGUACAUAACAUGGUACCAUUCAUAUAUGGCGUAACGAAGGGUCAGAAACAUCGCUGAUGAUCCGCCUCAAAUCCGCCAUUUAAUUUCCGUCAUUCCGCUUCCGCCAUUUAGAAAAACUCGAACCCGAUAUAAAGAGCUAGUGGGGAAAUCCGAAGUUCGCAACCCCUGAGGCCUGAGCCCUGAACCUGUUAUUUCCUUCAAAUUUUCGAAUUACAAUUAACUAACAAUUUAAUGCCAAUUGCCAUCUCGAGUUUGCCACGCGUAGCUCAGGCUCUCUUGCAUUGCAUUCGUCUACUCCUGUCGUACUUAAUGUUCUAAAGUUCAUGCCAUUUUUUUUUAAAUCUGUCCGACAAUCGCCUCUGUUUGCGGUGAACUACUGAACUGUGUGACCCUUGUGUGUCGUCUGUCUAGUUCUACUUCUAAGUGGUGUGAGCACAGACUAAGAGGGUCUGUUGUGUGAGUGAAGCACUGAGACCUUUGGGAACGAUUGCACGUGUUCAAAGAUACAAGAAGAAACAGCAGUUUUUUUAAGAAGUUCAUAUGUAGGUUGUUAGUUGAAAGUGAGAAAAUUUUGCAAAAUGAAUACUCCACUCACACCAGUCUUCCACAUGAAUCAUCAAGGUUUGUCUACUGACCAAUCAUCACAACCAUCAGUUGCAUCUUGCAACACAGAAAUAGGUGAUCUUACUGAAUCUGCUCAGCCAAAACAGCUGAUUCUUUCUGUUGCUUGGUGGGGUGGAAAAUUAGGAGCUGCCUAUUAUGACAUUGUUUCCCAUGAGCUCCAUGUUAUUCCUGAUAUAGUUGAAAAUGUCUCUGAUACAUCUGUAUUUCGUGGCCUGUUUUUUCAACUUGAACCACAAACUCUGAUUGUCAAGCAAAAUUUGGAUGAAAAACGAAUGGCCAACAUUUAUCAAUCAUUGCAGAAAAAUGUGGAAGUUGAAGGUGAUGUAAGCCUGUCCAAUGGAACCCAAUUUGAUGCUGUUAAAACAGUUGCCUCUAUUAAGUUCAGUGUAAAUGAAAGAGCUUCUUGUCAUCUCUAUAUUGUUCCCAGCUCCUACUUCAAUGCUGAAGCUGCUACGCGUCGAUUGCGGGCGCUACGGCUAGGUAUCGCGCCAGACGACAUGACAGAGAUGGAGCGUUGGAUUCACCUGAAAAGUCUGUUCCCUUUCGACUAUCCGGCAAUGUUACAGGCUACUGGCGCUUUGUUGAAGAUGUUGGAACAAUGGCGAAGAGGUCAAGAUGUUGACCGCCUGAACGAGAUGAAUCUAGACGACAAAAGUAUGAAGAUUUUUUCUAUUCGUACGUGCCGUGUCGAUGACCUGUUAUGGAUGGACCAGUCUGCUUUCCUUAGUUUAAAAAUCUUUUCCCAAGAAUCUCAUCCAUCGGCAUUCAAGAAAGGGCACUCUCAAAGUGCAAAAGAAGGGCUUAGUCUUUUCGGGGUUGCAUCGAAAUGCUAUUCCACACCUGGAUCAAUGUGCCUCAAGGAAUUGUUCAAGCGUCCUACAUGUAACGUCGAAACCCUAAAUGAGCGCUAUACUGUUAUUCGAUAUUGCAUGGAUGCAUCUAACGUUGAAGUCGUCCGUAGUUUUAUUGGCAUCUUGAAGAACAUCACUGAUAUUAAGGUAUCACUUUCAAACAUCGCAACUAUGCGAGGAACAUUCAACGAUUGGAAAAAACUUCAAAUGACCGCUAAAAACUUGAUAGCAUUGUCGGAUAAAUGCAAAAUUCUUCCCCAACAUAUUCGCCUUUUUUACAAUUUAGCUGAAAGCGAAAGAUCGAGUAAGUGGUAUCACGUGGUUAACGUCAUUCAUCGAUUAAUUAAUUUCCAAGAAUCGAAACGUGCCGGACGAUGUGUUGUUAACUCUGGAGUGGAUGAAGACCUUGAUCGGCUGAAACGGGAACACAGCAAUAUGCAACGCAUUUACACUGAAACCGUUAAUCUCGAAAUGGAAAACCUACCGCCUUUUAUUGAACAAGGCGUUAUUGAAUUUUUCCCACAUGUAGGACAUUGUUUGUGCCUUCGUUCGUGGCUCCAAAAAGAUCCAAAUAGAAAUUUGACGACGGCUGAAAAUGAUGUUAACAUACCAGGACUUGAACUGAAAUUCUUUACAAAGGAGAACGUUUAUUUCAAAAGCCGACGUUGUUAUGAACUCGACGAAACGUUUGGAGAUUUUGCUGCGACAAUUGUUGCGCAUGAAAUGUCCGUGAUGCUGUCAGGCUCCAAAGUUGUUGUUGAACAUUACGGUGCACUGACUGAAGGAAUCGAAUUGGCGGCAUACCUAGACGCGCUUCUUAGCUUAUCAGUUCUGAGCUCCGAAUUCGAAAUGGUUCAGCCAGAACUAGUUGAAAAUGUUAAUCCUUGUGUUCAUAUUGAGAAUGGACGACAUAUUUUGCUACAACUCGUAGCCGAACGCUUCAAUCCUAAUUCAACAUACCUUGGAGGAUGUGACGAAGGAGCCAAACGUAUCAAUAUUAUUUCAGGCCCUAAUUCAAGUGGCAAAUCAAUAUUUUUGAAGCAAACUGCCCUGAUUGUUUAUUUGGCCCAAAUUGGAUGUUUUGUGCCAGCUCAACGUGCACUAAUAACACCGCUGAAACAUAUCUUUGUUGUUAGCCAUUCUCCUGAAACUGUAGUGACAUCUUUAUCGCAUUUUGGUGUCGAACUCUCAAUGAUGUCAAUGGCAUCAAGAAUGGCGACGAGUCAUUCUCUUGUCAUAUUAGACGAAUUUGGAAUCGGAUCUUCUCAUGUAGAUGGUUCUGCAAUGUUCAUUUCGUGCAUGGAACACUGGAUGAAACAAAAUGAUAAAAGCCCUCUUCUGCUUGUCGCUACGCACUUACACAAUGCCGUGGAGUAUUUGUCCCGGCAUACAUGGGUUCUCCAAAAUACUCGGUUCUUGUCCAUGGGUUAUUUUCUUGAUGAAGAGCAACUCGUUUUCCUGUAUCAGCUUAUUGAAGAUAUGUGCACAAAUAGUUUUCCUUUAAGUGUCGCGUAUGCUUCCGGAUUGCCUAAUUUUGUCAUAAAGCGAGCUCAAGAGAUGCUGAAAGCAGUUGACAGUGUUGGUAAUAUGACACCCAAUAACCUAAUAUGGAAUGAUGCAAAAUGCUCAACUUUACGCAGAAUUUCAGAGUCUUUCUUCGCAACUGAUCCUUGGAAUGUUGACGAUUUAAAGCAGUUUACAAGACGAAAUAUUCUUGGAUGUUGGAGUUCCGUUCCGAAUAACUAACAAUUAUUUUGUCAUAAAAUCUAUAAGUGAUUGCGUUACCAAUUUUCAUUUUUGAAGUGAUACAUGUGUAAACUGUAAACUAUAUGUUACCAAGAACAAGAACAAAUUUCAUCCUCAAAAUGAACUAAAAAUUCCAUUAAUGCUGCAAGAAUUAUUUAAUAUUAACUACUAAGCCAGAAACGAUACACACCACUUUCAAAUCUCAGCUUGACGAUCAUGAAUGUGUAUUCGCUAUUACAUGUCUAUCGCAAGACCAUUUAAAAAUAAUGUUCGAAAAUGAAGUUUUCUGAAAACGUCCAAAUUCAAGUCCGUGAUAUGCUUUCAAUUGCAGUCCACGGCAAAUAGGGCAGUAAGAAUUGCUACAUCAUUAAGAAACCGUGAUUGAUAAAACUUGUGAACGUACCAAAAUAUUACAAACAGGUAAAACGACACAAGCCACACUUACGCACAUACUACGCUGAAAGAAUUGACAAAUACAUCUUAUAUUCGCGGUCUAAUUACCAUUAC